AUGCAAUCCGAUGACAAAAGCACUGUGAAGCCCUCUCUCUGCUUUCCCACCGGCUCCCAGAUCGCCAGCUCCUACAUGACCACCACGACCACCACCACCAUCACAAAGCCCCUCUCUGUGGGGCUAAAGAAUGAAGGGGAGAAAUUAGAAAAGGUUCUCCAACAAUGGGGAGAAGACAUCCGUCCCGAAAUGAAAGAAGAUAUACACGACCCCAGCUACCAGGAUGAGGAGGGGCCCCCGCCCAAGCUGGAGUACGUCUGGAGAAACAUCAUCCUCAUGGCCCUGCUGCACUUGGGGGCCCUGUAUGGGAUCACACUGGUUCCGUCCUGCAAGGUCUACACCUGGAUCUUCGUGUGUGUGUCCUAUGUAUUUACUGGCCUAGGCAUCACGGCCGGGGCUCAUCGCCUGUGGAGUCACCGAACUUACAAGGCUCGGCUGCCGCUGCGGCUCUUUCUCAUCUUGGCCAACACUAUGGCUUUCCAGAAUGACGUGUAUGAAUGGGCCCGAGACCACCGCACCCACCACAAGUUCUCAGAAACACACGCUGACCCUCACGAUUCCCGGCGUGGCUUUUUCUUCUCUCACGUGGGCUGGCUGCUUGUGCGCAAACACCCGGCUGUCAAAGAGAAGGGCGGAAAACUGGACAUGUCUGACCUAAAAGCUGAUAAACUGGUCAUGUUCCAGAGGCGGUACUACAAGCCCGGCAUCCUGUUGAUGUGUUUCAUCCUGCCCAUGCUGGUGCCCUGGUAUUGCUGGGGUGAAACUUUUCUACACAGUUUGUAUGUUGCCACGUUACUGAGAUAUGCCUGCGUGCUCAAUGCCACCUGGAUGGUGAACAGUGCUGCCCACCUUUAUGGGUAUCGCCCUUAUGACAAGAACAUUGGAGCCCGAGAGAAUAUGCUAACUUCAAUGGGAGCUCUGGGCGAGGGCUUCCACAACUACCACCACGCCUUCCCCUAUGACUACUCCGCCAGUGAGUACCGCUGGCACAUCAACUUCACCACGUUCUUCAUCGACUGCAUGGCUGCCCUAGGCCUGGCUUAUGACCGGAAGAGAGUAUCUAAGGCUGCUGUCAUGGCCAGGAUUAAAAGGACUGGAGAUGGGAGCUGCAAGAGUGGCUGAGUUCCUGGUACAAAUGUCACCUGGGCAGAAGUUCAGUGUUCUGCUAAUAACUAUAAAGUAAUAUUACCAGGAUGCUAAAGAUGACCUUGAUCUACCUGGGAGCUCGUGCCUGUAAUCUCAGCACUCAGGAGGCAGAGGCAAGUGGAUCUUAGUGAGUUCAAGAACAGCUUGGUUUACAGAGUGAGUUGCAAGACUGCCAGAGCUACACAGAGAAACCUUAUCUCAGCUGUCCUGGAAUUCACACUGUAGAACAAGUUGGCCUUGAACUCAGAGAUCACCUGCCUCUGCCUCUCAAGUGCUGAGACUAAAGGUGUGCACCAUGCCAGCACAGCCCUGCUGUGUACAACACUCAUACGCUCAAGUAUCAAAAGGCAAUACCUUUUCUUUAUGAUGCCAAGCUGAUACACUUUUCGCCUAUCCUUUCUCUGAAUCUCCCUCAUCUCUAACAGUGUCAUUCAUAAGUCCUUUCUCGUCUAGCAUCCUUUUUAUAGUCCAGUGGUAAAGUCUUUGUCUUAGAAAACCCUCACUGAAGUGCCCUGUACUUCAAGGUAGGCACA